GCAUGACAGCUGUGAGAGGGGGGAUUUUCGCCAAUGGCCCUGAGACAAAUGUUUCCUCAUCCUGGAAAUGCCUGGGGGGGAUCUCUGAAUGUUUGUGGAUCCGUGGCUUUGGAGGUCACCCAUCUGCAGGGAAGUGAGACGUCCUGGAUCCACCGAUGUUGAUGGCAAAAUCCUCCUGGGACGCUCUGCCACGCUGCAAAGUGGGAUCCGCCUGUGACGCGGGUGUAAGUUUUGAGACUCGCCGGUUGCGAGAUCUCUUCCUCCUUUUUUCUCAAGGCCAUUUGUGUUCUCUCCCGCCAGGCCCCCUGCCCAGCAUUCCCCCCCCGCUGACCGUGCUGCCCUGGGAGCCGCUGGUCGAGCUCGGAGGCUCCAUCCAGCUCAACUGCUCUCUGGGCUGUGCGAACAGCACGGUCGAGUGGAAAGGGCUGGACACCAACCUGGGGAACAUCCUGUCCUUCCCCAGCCACAGCGUCCUGCAAGUCACCAAUGCCCACGUCACCACGCGGGGCACCAAGAUCUGCCUGGGGAUCUGCCAAAACAAGAUCAUCCAGGUGUCCGUCAGCCUGGAAGUGUACUCUUUUCCAGACACGCUGCAGCUGGAGUCCGAGCCCAAGGAGCUGGUGCCUGGGCAGCCGGCCCGGCUCUUCUGCUCCCUGAGCAAGGUCUACCCGCCUGGCGGGCUGACCCUGACCUGGUACCGGGGGGACCAGAAGCUGGAGACCCCGGAGCCGGAGGAGGACGAGGACGACGAGGAGCUGUUCUAUUACCGCUCGGAGCUGGACGUCCCCGCAGGGGACGUGACGGAGGGCGCGGAGUUUCGGUGCCAAGUGGAGCUGUCCCUGUCCCAGCCUCAGAGGCAUUUCCAGCAGGACCGAGCAGUGGCCGUGCCCAUAGCAGCUGUAACGAAGCCACCCCUGGAGCUGGCCACCACCCCAGAGAUCCCCAAAACCGAGCCAUCUGCUGUUAAGACCCCCAGCACAGCCGGGGUCGGGGCUGCCGAGGACCCUGCCAGCACUGCAGGGCUGGAGAUCCCCAGCUCCCCCGGUGGGACCCCAAAGCUGGAGUCUCCGGCCCCCACAGAGAACGCAGCCACUGCCUUGGUGGCUACAGCUGAGACCCUGCCCCCUGGGCUGACUGCUCCAACCGAGAUCCCCACCGCGGUGCUCGCCGUGACGUCGCAGCCCCCAAGGACCGAGGCUGCCUUGCUGGACCCUGCAGACACCACUAGGGACUCGAACACCAGCACUAGCCCGGCCCUGGUGAGUGGGAGCCCCAGCACGGAGCCGGAGGAUGCCACAGGGAGCUCUCCAACUCCAGAACCCAUUAGCGCCCGGCGCCCCAAAAGCACCACCCACGAUCCCCCGGACACCCCCAAAACCAAGUCCAUCUGCAACCUCUUCAUCAAACCAGUGCCUCCCAAGGGCAUCACCGGGAAAGCCCUGAAUGUGGUGUGCUACACUGAGUGCCACGAGGAGGUCACCAUCCAGUGGGUGAAGACCCCGAUGGCGCUGUCCCGGUACCAGGAGGAGCUGUCCGAGGGAAAAUCCACACUGAGGAUCGACCGGGUGGCCCCAGAGCACCAGGGGGACUAUCAGUGCGUCCUGCUCAGCCCCAGGCCCCAGAUAGCACAUCUGCACAUCACCGUGUCUCCUGACACGUUCAGCGCCAACACGGCCAUCGCGGUGGGGAUGGCUGGCUCCCUCCUGGGGCUGAUCAUCACGGGCUUCGCGUCUCAUCGCCUCUGGAAACGGCUCAAAUCCCGGUACAACGUGUCCUAA